GGGAAGGGUGGACAGUCUCUUUCGCCUAAUGGACCUCUAAUUUAACUCUGCCGGCAGAAGGCAAUGGCAUCAGAUGUGGCCUGGCUCCUUGUCCUCCAGCUUGUCUUACAGCCAACUCUGGUGACAGGCAUCACGAUACAGACGGCCAUCAAGAACUUCCGGAUCUUACACGUCGACUACCCCAUGGUUAACUACCCGAAGGGUUUCCACGGAUACUGUAAUGGCCUCAUGGCCUACGUGAGAGGCAAACUCCAGGACUGGUACUGCCCUAAGAUCCACUAUGUGGUCCAUGCCCCCUUUGAAAGCAUCCAGAAGUUCUGCAAAUACAGCGAGAGCUUCUGUGAGAACUACAACGAGUACUGCACCCUCACUCAGAACUCCUUCCCCAUCACUGUCUGUACCCUGGAUCAUAAGCAGGCCCCAACCAGCUGUAGCUACAACAGCACUCUGACCAACCAAAGGCUGUACUUGCUCUGCUCCCGCAAGCACGAUGCUGAGCCAAUAGGUGUCAUCGGCCUCUACUAGGGACUUAGUUCCCAAACCAGUCCCAUCUACGACAGGCCUCUACAUGCCGCACCGAGGCCCGUUCCCAAACUCUG